CUCUGCAGCAGUAGCGCGCCACACUCACUAUGGCUUUAGCCGCAAGCAGGACCCUCUUGGCGCUAUUCGUUACGUUUUGCGCACCGGGAUGCGGAUAUUCAGCAGAGAAGCCCCUGCGGUCAAACAAUGGGAAACAGACAUCUGUGGAUAAGGGCCUGAGAGACAGCUGGGAGCCUUCUAUUCAUCUAGAUGGAAGACCUGUGGACCGCUUCGUCAUCAGCUCCAGCAAACCCACCAGGUCUCACCGCUUCACUAAAAUGGGAAAGGACAGUCGCUCUCAUCUACUGGAGGAUGUAGACCCUGAAUGGGUUAACCUGGAUGGCUUUGCUGUGCUGGGCGGUGCACCUGUCAGCAACUCAUCAGCAGGUCCAGCCAGGUCUCCGCAAACUCCUGCCAGAAAACAGCCCUCUGUACAGCGGGCCGCCAGGGUGGACAGAACAGCGAGAACAUUGGCCGUGUCUAAUACCAGGAGGGCCCCACAGUCCUCCUCAGGUCCAAGGCAGCCUGAGAGAGCUUUGGCAGGAGCUCCCCCGCUGGAAAGGAGACGCCAACACCACACAAAGCCUCAAUCUGACCAGAGAAACCGAAACACAGCUAAACUAACAUCUGAGUCCGUUCAUGUGGUGUCACUGCAGGCACAGAGAUCCUUGGGCCGGAGCGCACCCGCCAACAGAGCCGUCGCAACCAAAACAACCACACCAGAGCCACCAGAGUACGAGGCCCGGGACAUCGGUGUCAGGGUUAUGUCUCCUCAGUCGGUCCUCAUCUCCUGGGUUGACCCUGCUGUUGAGAUGGGGAAGGUCGAGCCCGGGGUUAUCAGAUCCUACACGAUUAGGUAUAGGGAGAAGGGUGAGUCCGCACGCUGGGAGUACAAGGACAGCACCCAGAGGAGGCUGUUGAUAGACACCCUGUCUGCUGACGGCAUGUAUGAGUUCUCUGUCAGAAUCUCUCAGGCAGAAAAUCAUGGAAAGUGGAGCGUCUCCGUCUUUCAGAGGACCCCUGAGUCAGCACCAUCUGGGCCACCAGAGAACUUCGAGGUCAAGCCACUACGAGGGAAAGGAACUGCUGUUAUAGCAACAUGGGAUCCACCUGAAGAACCCAAUGGGAGGAUAAGAGAGUACAUCCUGUCUUAUGCUCCUGCUAUGAAGCCAUUUGGAAUGAAAAGUGUGACGUACCGUAGCAGCAGCACUACAGCCACCUUAGAUGGCCUCACACCGGGAGAACGGUACAUCUUCAAGAUUAGAGCCACCAACAGGAGGGGUCAGGGACCACAGAGCAAGGUCCUCAGUGUUGUCAUGCCAGGAUCCAGCAGUGCUGCCUCAUCGAUCUCAAAAACCAAGGACAGCCGCAGGACUAGCCACACCCCUUCCAAACAGGAUACUGACCAUGAAGAAUUAGACCUCCAGUCAACACAGGUGACAAAAGAACCAACCACAACCCCUCAACCACGCCCUGCUGCACCUGUCAACAGGCGUGGACGUCCACUUUCCCAGUCACGCUCCUAUCACGGCAUCUUCUCCUCUGUAAGGGGCUCAGUCAGACAGGCAGUGAACAGAGGGUCAUCCAAAGGAAGAGCUCAAGAUAGAGAAGAUGAGAAAGAGGAAGAAGAGGAGAAAAUGCCCACAACGGCAUCUCCAGUAGAAGAGACGACAACCAUGGAGGUUGUACCAGAGACAAAAGAACCAGUCAACGAUGUUUCCCCUGAAUUUGAAGAUGAAGGUGGAUAUGAUGAAGAGCCUCUGACUACUGAGACCCCCAGCCUCAAAGUUUUGACACCCUCCCCAACUAAACGCCGUCCCAAUCCACCGCCCAGAAGGCCCAUUAAGAUCAGGGUCCAUCAAAAACCAGGAUCCAAGGCUGCUUCCUCCUCUUCAUCUUCUUCUUCUUCACCCUCCUCAUCUUCUGCCACUUCUUCCAAUUCCUCCUCAUCUUCUACUUCCUCUUCAUCAUCAUCAUCCUCACCUUCGACAACCUCAUUGUCCUCCUCUUCAAGUAUUCAAGAGUCGGCAGCCAGUAGAAAGGACUAUGUGGCUUCCACAUACCCAGAGAGCAAAGACUCCUUCGAUAAGGCCAGCAUAACACACGCAAAAGCCUCCUCUACAGUUUUAAAAGAGACCAAUUCUCAGCAGACAGACGCUGCAUCUGUUGUGAGAGGUUCGGCUUCAGUGGGGCGCACCAUUGGGUCUGGGUCGGGCUCUAGAUAUGGUUACAAUAGAAGACAUCAUGGGCUUUUGUUUCGAGGGAAUACAACUCGAAUGCUGAAUGGUUACAAACCUGCCCUCACCUCACAGUCAAACUUACCAAGCAGAACUUCAAACACACGUAGUUCAGCGUCACAGUCCACUUUACCAGACAGGACUCAAAACCAUGGAACAUCCCAUACUUUAAAUUCAGCCACAUCCAGGUCCCCUUCAGGAAGUGCAACCCAAAGUCAGGCAACAUCAGAUGCAUAUAAUUCUGACAAAUCUCAGUCCACAUCAGGGUCUAGGUCUGAAGGCUCUACAACUUCGCAGAGCUCGGGCACCAAGCCAUCCACUUCACAGCGCAGCUCAAACCACCCAUCCAACACAGACUCUGCAGGCUCUUCUCAGUCAACUUCACUCAGAGGAUCUCAAAGUUCUGCAACUUCACACAACACACAGAGUUCACGCACAUCACCUGAGCGAGACACAACAUACAGAGAGGGAAAUGAUGACAGUAAUUACAAAAACACAGACGCAGAAUUAACCAAAGUUGAAGAGCCUACUUCAAGCUCUAAACCACAACCCACAGAGCAGGAGAGAGGGGAGGAAGAGGAAAGGAGCAAAAGUAGUAAUGAAAAACCUGUGGUUCCUCGUACCAGAAUGAACCCCUCAUUUGCUGAAAGGUUCCCUUGGCUAGCUAGCCGUUACCCAGGCAGGUUUGGAUCAGGGACGAGAGCUUCAUCUUCAAGGCAGGAGGGUAAAACCCCCUUUACCAGGACAUCAUCCUCCUUGGGGGCUGGCAGAUCCAUCUCGAGGGGGACACCCACUAGGGUUUCAGGGGCUGCAGGUGCUGCAGGAGUGUCCACGAUACAGGAGACUAGUGAAGAUCUAAGGACUCACGACCUACUAAAGAAUGGGGUGGGGGUGGGUUCAGUUAAGCCUUCUUUAACCAAUCAAAAUACAGCAUCUAGUGAUGCUAGAAACCCAUCUACCUCAUCCUCUUCAUCAUCUUCAGCAGCCACUUCUUCAAACUCUGAUUCCCAUCCUUCCUCAGGUGGACACGGAGCCUCGAGUGAGUCGGUCCAUAGAGGAACCUCAAAUAAUAACGAUCAUAAUGAGGAUUAUCUCCAUGAAAGAAGUAGAGAAAUCAGUGGAAACAAUGAUAAAGUUUCAGAUGCCACAGCGCUCCAAAAAAAUCCUACAAAAACUUCAACUAACAGAAAUAUAGAGGACAAUGAUAGUGUGGAUACAAGGGAAACUUCUUCCAGGACAAGACCUGGCUCCCCAUCAGGAGGUACGUCAUCUUUUCGCCGUCCUGGUACGGGGGUGAACGGGAGGGGCCGCUCUCCUCUCAUUGCAAACAGGCAGUUUGGUGGAUCUAAGCUUCCUAUCAGACCACAGCCAGCACAGAACUCAAGACUGGGUUCUUCAACGUCUGAUGCCUCCUCAUCAUUAUCUGACUCCUCUUCUUCCUCAAAUGUUCCCCAGCCAGUUUUGACCACAGAUCGUGACCUUGUCAGUGGCAAUACUGUGACAAAGACAGGGGGGUUAAAUGGAGGCAACUCCCAGUCUACAUCGUCGUCCUCAACAUCUUCGUCAUCAUCUAGAGACAACUUUCAGCGCCAGGGGGUUCGGACUCGCUAUCCGAUUGUUAGAGGGAAACCAAACACUGGAGAACAAAUCAAGCCUGCCAAUGGAAACGGAAAAAAUGGACGACCCAAUCUGACAGCAACAAGUGACAAAGAGUCCUCUUCCUCUCAUGGAACCAGCAAGGCCGUUGGUCAAAGGUUUAUCACAGGACCUGAUGGAAACAAAUGGGUGGUAGACUUUGAGCGGGGGGUGCUUAUGAACCAGGAUGGACAAGUUCUCCAGGACUCCCAGGGCAAACCUAAGAGAGUGGUGCUUGGAGAGGAUGGACGCACGAUUUUUGACCACAUGGGCAGUCCCCUGGUAAACCAGGACGGCAUGGCUCUGUUUGGCCAUGGCCGAGACAGCCAGCCUGUUGUAAACCCCAAAGACAAGGUCCUCAUGGUUGGAGGGAAACCUGUACUUGGCUUGGACCGUCCUCACCACAGGAUCACCACCACCACCACCACUACCACCACCACGGCUCCUACUACCACGCCUGAACCCACCACCACUGAAUGGAUCAUAGACUCUACCACUGCACCACUUUACCCCACCUGUCCACCUGGAACCUUCUCCAAAACAGAUGAAUAUGGGUAUCCACUGCUGGAUCCAGAAGGGAUAUUGGACUGUUAUCCAGAAGAGGAAUCCUCAGGAAUGGAAAUGGACCACAUGGUUACAUUGACUGACGCUUUAGCUCUUAAGGAAGAUGAGUUUUUGGUCCAGACCACCCUGCCACCCUCAACCACCACUACAACCUCCACCACCAGCACCACAGAGAUCCCGACUCCAGAGCCAGACACCAGACCAUCCAACCACGGCCCGUCAUCUGAGCUUGACCUCAGUGGGAAGAAACGAUUCACAGCUCCCUAUGUGAACUACAUCCGGAAGGACCUGGCGUCUCCUUGCUCCUUGACGGAGGCUCUGGAGUAUCUGCAGGUCGACGUCCUACAAGACCUGAUAGAGAAGGACAUCCUGGCAGCCAAUCAAAAGCAGCCUCCCAAAGACAAGCCUCAUAACUUCACCGUGGUCGCCAUGGAGGGCUGCCACUCAUUUAUCAUCCUGGACUGGGGCCGCCCAAUGAAGGAUGAUAUGGUGUCAGGCUACAUGGUCCACAGUGCUUCAUAUGACGACAUCCUCAACAAUAGAUGGUCCUCUCGACCCUCCAGCGGGACGCACCUGGCUGUGGAGAAUCUCAAACCCAACUCUAGGUACUACUUCAAAGUGCAGGCCAAGAAUGUGUUUGGUUUGGGACCCGUCAGCAACACACUCACCUAUGUCACCGAAUCAGACGACCCUCUUCUCAUCGAAAGACCACCUGGUGGAGAACCAAUCUGGAUCCCCUUUACCUUCAAGUAUAACUCCGCCCACAGCAGCUGUACGGGCAGCCAGUACGUCAAGCGGACAUGGUACAGGAAGUUUGUGGGCGUGGUUUUGUGUAACUCUCUGCGAUACAAGAUCUUCAUGGGAGACGGUCUUAGAGAUCCCUUUUACAGUAUAGGAGAUACAUUCGGCCAGGGAGAGGACCACUGCCAGUUUGUGGACUCCUACAGGGACGGGAGGACAGGUCCUGCCUACCUCUCAAAUAAUCUGCCCUCAGCACAAGGAUUUUAUCGCGCCUACAGACAGCAGCAGGUUUCAUUUGGAGUCGUUGGCCGACGCACACCCCAUCCUUUCGUGGGCUGGUAUGAAUGCGGGGUGCCCAUCCCCGGGAAGUGGUAACACAGGAGGAGACGUUGUUACAGAGGGCAACCCAUCUGCAUCCUGCUGCAGGCUCUUACCUUCACUGGUCUCGCCCUUAAAAACAGACUUUUGCCUGCCACAAUUAAAUGACACCACUACAAAUUUAUUACGUCUUCACAGAAAGAGAAUAUAAUACUUUUUAAACAACUCAAUGUAUAUCAUUACAAUGCACUUUUUUAUAUAAAGCAGUUUGUAUAUGAGGGGGAAAAGAAGCAUGUGUGCUCUUGCUUAGUGUAACUCUUGUCUUAACGUGUCCUUGUACUAUCCCCAACUAUCCCACAGACUCACCCAGUGUUAUUUAUCUCAUCAAUAAUGCACACAUACGGUCAAACCCGUGACAUUGGACCAAAGCACAAGCUGCAAAGCAAACUGUAAGAAUGGGCGCUUAAGGUGUGAAUAGGUCUGUUCAUUUUCAAUCGUGAGAUUUGUAUUUCAUAAUGUAACGGCUACUUUGUUGUUUAUGUGUGUUGUUAACCCAUCAUACUGUUUUUUUGUUUUUUUUUAACACUCUUUUGGUAUUCACCAGAAUUCAUUAAAAGUUACUGUGUAAGUUUUGUACGUAUACGGACAAAGAAUAAAAGACCAAAUAUUUGCUCAGGAA